AUGGACCAGAGCAAUGCGGCACCAGCGGUGGUCAUUGCCGUCUGCGUGCUGCUUGCCACAUCCUUGAUCGGGCUGUGCGUCAACCGCGUCUAUUUUUCACCCGUGGCACACGUCCCUGGUCCGUUGUUGGCCAAGGUCUCAUACUGGUACGAGUUCUACUACGACGUCGUCCAGCGGGGCCAGUACGUGUUCAAGAUCAAGAAGCUGCACGAGUACUACGGUCCCAUCGUGCGCAUCAACCCUGCCGAAGUCCACAUCGCGGAUCCGGACUUUUACAAUGUCAUCUACGCCGCCGGCUCCGGCGGCUCUACACGAGAGGAGCAGAAGCCAGCGCAGAAGCGGGACAAAUGGUCGUGGUUCACGCGCCAGUUCGGACUGCCGCUCUCGACCUUUGCGACCGCCGACCACGACACCCACCGGCUGCGCCGGGAAGCUUUGGAGCCGGGGUUUCGGAAGGAAAAAGUGGCAAGUCUGCAGUCCCUGAUUGAAGAUGUGGUGCGCAAGUUGUUGGAUCGGUUCGAUGAGUUCCAGAUGCUGGGCGAUGCGUUGCCCAUAUCGUUGGCUUUUGCGGCUUUGAUGAAUGCAGAUAUUGUCGAGCAGUACACGCUAGGCCAGAACGACAAGCGCGUCCUGGCACGAGACUUUGAACCCAGCCUUCACGACGCAGCCGUCGUGCGGAGCUUCAGGGGCCAUCUCAUUAAACAGUUCCCCUCUAUUUGGUGGUUAACGCGGUUCAUCCCCGACGACGUUACCAUCAUGGUGAAUCGGAGCAUGGCAUCGCACGUGAAGUUACAGCGAGACAUGAAAGCGCAGAUCGAGCUCAUCCAUCGUCAGGGAGGCAGCAAUAGCAACAGCAGCAGCAGCACCGGAAACAAAUCCUCACCGUCACCGCCGCAGACAAUCUUCCACUCCAUCCUAUCAAGCAGUGACCUUCCCUCGACCGAAAAAUCCCCCUCUCGUCUAUACCAGGACGGCCUCGCCACGAUCAUGUUAGGCACGCUCCCCACCGCGACAGCCCUGAGCGUCACACUCUUCCACCUCCUCUCCCAACCGGAACUUCUCCGCCGCCUAAAGACGGAACUCCUGGUCGCGAUCCCUUCGGCAAACCUGCAACGCAUCCCCCCGCUGAGCGUGCUGGAACAGCUCCCCUUCCUGAGUGCCUGCGUCAGGGAAGGACUCAGACUGAGUAACGGCGGCAUGAACACCACUCGCUCGCAGCGCAUCGAUCCGCAGAACGCGGUCGUCUUUGUGGACCGGUGGAAGAACGAGGGGAAACGCUACGUCAUGCCGCCUGGCACGCCGAUGUCCAUGACGGGCAUGCUCGUGCAUCUUGAUGAGAAGGUCUUUCCGGACCCGGCGAGGUUUGAGCCGCAGCGCUGGCUUGAAAAUUCUACCACCGCCGCAACCGCACUGGCAGGUGGUGGUCGCCGUGACGGUGGUGGUGCCAGGGUUGCUGCGCUGGAGGAAUACCUCGUGCCCUUCUCCCAGGGCCCGCGCCAAUGCCUGGGCCAGCACCUCGCCCUCGCCUCCAUCUACACCACCCUGGCCAUGAUCUUUCGCGUCUACGGCAGCUCGGAGACGGGCAAGAUGAAAGGCGAUCGCGGAUGUCUCGAGCUGUUUGAGACCGAGUAUGCGAGAGAUGUCGAGAUCGUGGGCGAUGGCGUCAUUGCGCCGUUGAGGAGUAGGGAUAGUCGGGGCAUAAGGAUCAAGGUCAAGUAA